AUGCGCGAUUACGACGAUAUUAUCGCCUUCCUGGGCGAGUGGGGCCCCUUCCAGCGCCUCAUCUUCUUCCUGCUCAGCGCCAGCAUCAUCCCCAAUGGCUUCAACGGCAUGUCCGCCGUCUUCCUCGCCGGUACGCCUGAGCACUGGUGCCUGGUGCCGGCCGGCGCCAACCUGAGCGGCGAGUGGCGGAACGUCAGCAUCCCGCUGGAGGAGCGCGACGGGCGGCAGGUGCCCAGCCGGUGCCGCCGCUACCGCCUCGAGGCCCUGGUCAACUUCUCCGCCAUGAACCUGGAGCCCGGCCGUGACGUCAACCUCAGCCAGGUGGAGCAGGAGAAGUGCCUGGACGGCUGGGAGUACAGCCCCGAGCCCUACCUCUCCACCAUCGUCACCGAGUGGAAUCUGGUAUGUGAUGAUGACUGGAAAACCCCCUUAACUACAUCUUUGUUUUUUGUGGGCGUACUGCUUGGAUCUUUUAUAUCGGGACAGCUCUCAGACAGGUUUGGCAGAAAGGCUAUUCUAUUUGCAACCAUGGGCGUGCAGACAGGUUUCAGCUUCCUGCAGAUCUUCUCAACCAGCUGGGAAAUGUUCACAGUGCUUUUUGUUAUAGUUGGCAUGGGACAGAUCUCGAACUACGUUGUGGCCUUCAUAUUAGGCACAGAAAUUCUUGGCAAAUCAGUUCGUAUUAUAUUCUCUACAUUAGGAGUUUGCAUAUUUUUUGCAAUUGGCUACAUGUUGCUGCCACUAUUUGCUUACUUCAUCAGAGACUGGCGGAUGCUGCUACUGGCCCUUACUGUACCUGGGGUAUGCUGCGUUCCACUGUGGUGGCUCAUUCCUGAAUCUCCCCGGUGGCUGAUCUCUCAAGGAAGGUUUGAAGAAGCAGAAGCAAUUAUUCGGAAGGCUGCAAAAACAAAUGGCGUUCCAGCUCCAACAGUACUCUUAGAGUCCAUGGAGAUAGAGGAUUUAAAGGCCAAGCAGCAGCAGGGUAUGCUUCUGGACUUGUUCAGAACCCGAAACAUUGCAAUUAUCACUGUCAUGUCUCUUCUCUUGUGGAUGUUUACAUCUAUUGGCUACUUUGGCUUGUCACUCAACACCCCCAAUCUGCAUGGAAAUGCCUACCUCAAUUGCUUCUUGUCAGCAGUAAUUGAAGUUCCAGCCUAUGUGAUUGCGUGGCUUCUCCUCCGGACCUUACCUCGGCGUUAUUCAAUAUCUGGCACACUCUUCUUGGGAGGAGGGGUUGUUCUGUUCAUUCAACUGGUACCUCCAAACCUUCAUGUCCUGUCUGUCAUCCUGGUAAUGUUGGGGAAAUUUGGGAUUACGUCUGCCUUUUCCAUGCUCUACGUAUAUACUGCAGAGCUCUACCCAACUAUAGUAAGAAACAUGGCAGUUGGUGCGACCUCCAUGUCGUCCCGGGUGGGCAGCAUUAUUGCUCCUUACUUCGUUUAUCUCGGUGCCUAUGACAGAUUUCUGCCUUAUAUCCUCAUGGGUAGCCUGACUGUGCUGAUUGGGAUUCUCACCCUCUUCCUGCCAGAAAGCUAUGGGAACCCUCUGCCGGAGACACUUGAAGAGAUGCUGCAAGUUAAAGGAUUCAGAAACAGACAACACAUCUAUAAAAUGAGGAGUUCAAAGCAGAAUACAUUGGACACCAAGAAUUUGAGAACAUCGUUGUGACUAUAUAUCUUUGCCUUUUGAUGAAGUGGACAACCAGGACUUGUUAAAAGCUUCAUUCUGAAGAGAAAUGAAAAGUCAUUAAUACUAUAGGAGGGGUGGGGGUUGUCAUCGUAAUCCUUAUAAUUCCAGUCUGGUAUACCAAAUGUGUGGAUUUUUGUGUGAAGUUACUGUCUGCAUAUGUAAGACUCUUAGUCAAUAAUAGUGUUUGUGCCUUGAGUUUCGCGGGGUGGGCAGGGGGAUGCAUUUCCAAGUCUUGAACACUCUCAUUUCUCUUCGAUUUAGGUAUAAUGUAUUUUUCAAAAACAGCAUAAAUUUUGAGGAAAGUGAAAGUUCUGACUAUAGAAUCUUAGAGUCAGCAGUGAAGACCAACCAAAUCUUUUUGAGAUCCCAAUUUCAGAAGGUCCUAAGAAGAGUUGGAUGGAUUAAUUAUCUAGACAUUUCUGUGGGGUUUUUUGUAGGAUGUGAAAUGAAUAGAGCUUUCACCAGUAAAGCACUUUGAGAACUGGGCCCCAACUUACUCAUUUUGAAAAAUACAACCUAAAAAUCUUUAGAAGAAAUAAAACUUUAAAGACAUUGGGCCACAUUUUCCACAGCGCUAGAAGGAGGGAAGAACUCUGAGUGGUUGGAGCAUGGCUGCAUUAAAACAACCCAGAAUGUGGGGAGGAGGAAACUGUUCUUGUUUCUCUCCCCUCCAACCAAAAACCCUUUUCGUGGCCAGGAAUAUGUCCCUGAGAAAUGUGGAAUCCUCAGGGACAUAUUCCUUGAAGCAAAAAGGGCUUGUGGUGGAGGGGAGAGAAGUGAAAACCACUUCCCCUUCUGCCUACAAUGAGUGUAGAAAAGGCUUCAACACAAUGACUCUAUGAGUGUGCAAGCCUUCUCCGCCACAACCAUAGCACUGCACAUGUGCGCCACUUUGUCCUAAUAAAAUGCAAAUAUAAACUUUAAAAGAGAUUUUUUAAGCAUGAAGCAUUCUCUUUUUGAAUUUCUUGACUUCUUAGGAGUAGUCUUCAUAUGUUUGACAAUAUUUCCUUUCAUCCACUGGUCCAGAUGAUGGCUCUAAAACUCCACACCUUCAAUUCAUUUAUCUAGUAGUACUGAGCAAAAUGUCCGCCAGUUAUCAUUUGAGCUUCUUUCUCUUCCUUCAUCCCCACUUCAUCAAAUUCUGUUUUCUUGUAGGAUAGAUGCAAAAGCUCUUCAUUGGAUCCAAACUUACCAUAGAGAUGAGACCUGGGACCAGAACUAUUCCAAAACAAACUCUACAUAAUACUGUCUUACAACCAAAAAAACCAAACCUCCUUAGGGAAUUGGAUUAACUUCUUUAAAAUAUAGUUUAAAGUAAAAUGCUGUUUUUAGGGAACACUCUAACAAGUAUUAAAAGAACAAAAGAAUGUAUUGCCUGCAACAUAUUCUGUAGCUUUGUCACGGCUUUCUUAUGAACAUGAUGAGCUUCUGAACAAAUUCUCUGCUGAGAAGAAAAUAUUGGUAGGCUAGUUAUUUUUGAAGUUAGGCAUUUGGACUUAAUUGGCAUUUAUGGAAUUAAAGCAUUCAUACAUGUGGCAAAUUAAAACCCACUUAACAGCUAAAUUCUCUCUUUUGCCAACCCAAGACAUAUAUAUUGCAUAAUCCCAUAGUUUGAUAGUUCAAAGUGGGGAGUUCAAUGACAACUGUCUGCUGUUGACUGUGCAUGGAAGUGCAGACUGAGUUAUAUGCUACCAGCAAUGGCUUGGGAAGACAGGAGAGCUACUUCCCCAUUGCAGCCAUUUCCACACCCAUUGAUGGUAAUGUACUAAUUGGGCUCACAUUUAAAAAAUAUAUAUACAUAUAUAAUGCAAAAUACAGCCUGCUUGAACCAAUAAUGGUCAGUGACUAAGAUGGGCACCCUUCCUUAUCAGUUUCUGAAGCCCAAUGUUAUCAGUGCACCAAAACUACAUGGGCCAUCCCAACUGUGUUUAUAAUAUGGUAAAUACAGAAUAAUUUCUUUCAGGACCACAAUCCUUAACUGUAAUUGUGUGAGAGUUUGAAAUUUGGCAGCUGUUUGCCAUACUAAUCCUAUACCAAGAUGUAACUGUUUAUUACAUCUUGUUCAAGGUUCUCUUUAGAAUACAAUACCUGAUUAUUUAAAUGUUUAAGAAUUUUUGUUAUGCCAGAAGAAAUCGUUCAUAGCCUAACAUGUAGCACGACUAUUUAAGUACUUAAGUUGCUUGUAAUUUUGCCAGUAUCUGAGCCAGAGACUAUAGCUUUUGUUUUUACAGGUCAGUAUUUGGGAAUGGUGCCUCUUACUUCUGUGCCUACAGCAGGUCAUUUAUUCUGUCCUGCUCGCUUUGUGGCAAGGAGGAGUCUCCAGUUUUGUCCCAGAGAAAAUGGAUGAGUUAGACUGCAAUCCUACACACCCUUUCUUGGGAGUAAGGCCCACUGAACACAGUGGGACUUCCUUCUGAGUAAACAUACAUGGGGUUGCUCUCUACAUGGAGUGUGCUAGCCACCAUUUCUGAAUGCUGUCUUUCUGUCCUGGAGCUUUUAAACAUCAGCCCUGGUCUCUCAGGAGUUGCUGGUUCUAAUUGUUUUCUCGGCAAACUUAAUAUCUAUAAAGGAUAACGUUUACAUAAUUUUUUGUUGUUUGGCACUAUGUACCAUGGCAUAUCUUUUUUGUAGAUAUUUUAUUCAAAAAUAUUGGAUUCUAAUUUUGUUUUACAUGGUUGUAAAUGUUACUAUUUCUAAAACUUACAUUUAUAUAAUGUGGUAUUUUUGUGGAGGGCUUAGUUACUAGGCCUGUGCAAGUUGGGAGAAGACGUUGGAAAUCCCGGCCCUCACCCCGAGGAGGCAGCAGAACGCAGGGCAUUUGCCGUGGUAAUGCAGUGAUGGUGGUGGUAGUGGCUCUUUUAAUACCCAGUACUGGUGCAGCGGCAGCUGAAAGGCUAAAGAAAAUCUCGGAGGCAGGCAGGCAGGGAGUGAUGCAAGGCAACCUGGGAAAGCAUGUAAGACAGCUGGGAGGAAGCAUGGAAUGGCUGGGUAUUGUGGUUCUGCUCAGAGCUUCUCCCACCACCAUACUGCCAAGCCUUCUGCUGCCUCCUGGUGGUGAGGGCUGGGAUUUCCAACAUCCUCUCAUGACUUCACCAACUUGCAUAGGCCUAUUACUUACCAGGGUAGGGUUUUUUUUAACAGUUAAGUUCAUUUUUAAUUAUAUAAUUUCCAGUUCAGAUCCUUAGGAAUUGCUAUAUAUUUUAUUUUAUUUUUAAAGCCUUUCUGAUUCUUCAACUAGUAAAACACAAAGCUGCACUUUUUAGACUUUUAGUUUGAAGGGAUCAGUUCUGUAAAGACUUUCCCGAUAUUACUUGAAGUACUGCAAGUUCUUGGGAUAUUUUAGCCUUUUCAAAACAUAUGUAGCUGCUAAAUGUUGGUGUUUAUCUAUAUUGCUAGAGGCUGUGGGUUUGAGGUUCUGCUUGUUUCAUGUAACAAAACUGUCUCUAAUUUGAUUAGACUAGCUGAAUACCUAUGUAUUGGGCUGAAGAAAUCCACCAUAGUACUUCUGUGUACAUCAUGUGUGCUACAGAAGCUGAUAUAGCGACUGGAAUGGAUUUUGACACAUUGUCUUUACAGUAUUAAUCCUAGAAUGGCUUACUUGCUUUUUGGUGAGAGUUUGCAAGGAAAAUGUACAUCCUUUGCCAAUUGAUUCUUCUCAGGGAUUAGUCAAGUGGUGUUUGUGAUAGUCCAAAGAUUGUAAAUGAAAGAAGACUCAUGAUGGAGAGAAUUCUGUUUGCACCUUUAUGUGUUGUUUUAUUUUAUGCUGUAAAGACUUCAGAUGAUGCUGUCAAAAAUUAGAUUUGCUACUUGGAGUGGGUGGGGUUUGUUUUCUGCUGAACAACUUGUGACUCACCAAAUGUAAGCCUGCCUGCCAGCCAUGUAUAGUGGCCUAUCAGCAGCUUGACUGAACUUUUUGAUGGCACAGACCAGGAAGGCAUCAAGUACCUAGUAGGCUGCAAUACAUGGCUAGUGGGCUGCUGUACUACAUAGGUGCAUUGGGCUCACCAGGUCACAAGGAGUGCAGGCCUGUUUUCCUGCAACUAGAAAGGUUCUCAGCUGCCUGGUUCUCUAGCAAACGACGCUCUCCUGAGGUACUGAGGGAGGCAGUCAUCACAUUUGGGAUAGCACUUCUUCUUAGCUACAGGCUACAGUAUAGGCCCUAUACAGCAUAUUUAAAAAAGCGUCUACUGGCUUCUUCCCACUGAUUUGUCACCCUUUCCAUAGAUUUUCAGCUGCUAUCCAACAGACAGAAUUUCCCGUGUUGUAUUUGAAUAAUGUAUUGUUUUUGUUAAGAGUUGCAACUGACUUGUUGGACUUUUUGUAUGUAUCACCAUGUAGCAGUUGCUUCUCUACUUUCUUUAUUGAUAAUAAAAGAAACUGCACUGACAAA